AUGGGAGAGGAUCCGCCUACUCACGUGCCAUCUCACCCGACCCAACGCCUGAUGUCGGACUGGUCCGAUGCCGCUCAACGAAGCUCAUGCCGACUAAGCCUGCCGGCCGAGUCUUGGUCUCUCAAAGUUGGCUGCCGGUCAAAUCCUGCUGUCUGUCAAGACCACGGUGUUCCGGCAUUCGCACCGAGUGUUCACCCCACGCUAUACACCGGCCUCGAGCGGGUGAGUGCCGCUUCAUCGGUCCCCGAAGGUCAACGGGAAGCAUGCGAACCCGGAGCCAUCAGUUCAUGGGACAUCAUGAAUUCAAGCUGUAUAUACAGUCUUGAAGACUACCAGGAGCCGUCGCACUACAAUGGAAUCCCAUUUAUCGCUGUUGCUCGGCGCCUGUCCGAUGUCGUCCCUCGGUGGGGACUCUGA